AUGUCGGGCGCACAAAAACUACGGCCGACGAUAGGCUGCGCCAUGCGCCUCGGGAUUUCGGGCAGGGCCUCCCUCUCAGCGCCCUCGGCGAUGGCGAUGGCCAGCAGCAGCCGCCGCGCCGCGCCCUUCUCCACGACCGCGCCCAUGUGCAAGCGCAAGACCCGGGACAGCAACAAGAAGCGCGGCGUCAGCAGCCUGUACCGCUCCGGCCCGCGCGAGCCGCUGUCCAUGUCAAACGUGCCGCUGCCGCGGCCCCGCGCCGGCUACAAGCCGAGCGUGCCCGUGGACGAGGCCCACGGGCUCUGGGGCUUCUUCCCGGAGCCCAACAAGCUGAUGUGGACGCCGGCGGAGAUGGAGAAGCAUGGGCGGGCGUGGACGGUGGAGGAGCUGCGCCGCAAGUCGUGGGAGGACCUGCACGCGCUGUGGUGGACGUGCUGUCGGGAGCGCAACAUGCUAGCGACGACGAAGGCCGAGCUGGAGAGGACUAAGCUGGGCUUUGGCGAGUCGGAGAUUGAGGCUCGUGAGCUCGAGGUGAACAAGACGAUGAAGGCGAUCAAGCACACUCUGACCGAACGACAAUACACGUGGGAGGACGCGACCGGGGUGGCCGAGUCGGACCCGGAGAUUGACCUUCAGGCGGAGGACGGACAGUUCUACAAGCCAUCGGCGUACGAGGAGGAGACGAGCGCGCCGGAUACCUGGGCCUCCGAGGCGGCGAAGCCUGACGAGGCUGGCAAAGGCGAGCCGGCAAAGGUGCCUAGCUGA